AUGGCCUCGAUCGAGAAGAUCAUGGAACGUCAACACGUCCUAUUCGGCCUUAUCACGCGUUCGGUCGAAAAUCUGAAAAAACUCGGACCGUCCCGAAUAAAUCGCGGCAAUGUGCAGAGUCGCAUUGAAGCAUUAAGGGUUAAUUGGGAUAAAUUUCAAGCUCACGACGAGAAUCUCUUCACCUCGAUCACCCCCGAACAAAAGACACUGCCGUACUUCAAAGAUGAUCUCUAUUCCAUGUGCGAAGAAGCUUUCAUAGACGCGCACGGCUACAUGCUCAACAUCCUCGAAAGCCUAGCUCCACCAGUUCCUCAAAAUAUAUCUGCCGCCGAAGCAUCGUUGAGCACAUCUACCGGGUCGCGAUCUCGACGGCUACCGCGCAUCGACAUACCGAAGUUCUCAGGCGACUACUCAGAGUGGAGUCACUUCCGGGAUCUUUUCACGUCAAUUAUCAUAGACAAUUCCGAGCUCUCAGAAAUUGAAAAACUCCAUUAUCUCAAAAUGAGCCUUUCUGGCGAACCUUCACAACAUCUAAAAAACAUCGCAAUGACUGGUGAAAACUUCACUCGCGCGUGGGAAAAUCUCAUCUCUCGAUAUGAAAAUAAACGAAUUCUUAUCGGCGCUCAACUAACGUGCCUCCUCGCGACCCGAAGAAUAAAAACAGAAAACGCAGCCGAUAUCAAACGGCUCCUUGGCGAUACUAAGGAAGCCAUCGGCGCGCUCGAAACUCUCGGUUGUCCCGUAAAACAGUGGGACCUCAUUAUCGUUUUUUUAAUGGUUCGAAAGCUUGAUGCCGAAUCGCUGAAGAGAUGGGAAGACUCACUAGGAGCCAAAACAGAUCCGCCUUCGUUCGCGGACUUCGAGACCUUCCUAAUCAGCCGCAUCUACACGCUCGAAGCUCUCGAAAGAUCGCUGCCUCGAAAACAACAAAUAAAUUCGUCGACCUCGCGACCUUCAGGCGCACGAUCAUAUAUCGCUACCGCGCCGGAACAAAAGUGUGUGUUGUGCGCCGCGGGACACUACCUUUCGUCGUGUUCCAAAUAUCUAGAGAAGCCAUACGACCAACGACGAGGGUUAGUCCUAUUGAAGAAUCUCUGUUUCAAUUGCCUUGGGCCUCAUCAGUUAAAAAUGUGUCGCAAUACAAAACGCUGCCGAAUCUGUCGAAAGCAACACCACACAACGUUGCACGCACCGAACAGCAACAGCGAUACCGUCGCGAACAUAACUCCCGCAGCGUCCAUCUCAGCGGCUCAACCAACCGCUCACGCAAGUACUCUUCAAGAAGCAAAGCACACUAACCAGCUCAACAUCAACCAAUCCCAAGACUAUCAAGCUUCAAGCCAUCUCUCGCAAUCAAGAACCAGGCGUCGCGCCCCUGCUCUGUUAGCUACCGCCGUAGUAAGAGUUCUAUCUCGACACGAUCAAUCAUCGCAACUUCGAGCGUUACUAGACCAAGGAUCAGAAGUGUCAUUCAUCUCUGAAUCCGCUGCUCAAUCACUAAAGCUCCCGCGUCGCUCCGCGGCUAUCCCAAUUGUCGGUAUCGGUGCUCAACGAAACAGCGUUUCAAACGGCAUCGUACAACUCCGUAUCGCCUCACUGUAUGAUUCAUCGAUCUAUUUCGAAAUUGACGCUCUCGUUUUACCGAAAUUGACGGCAUAUAUUCCACCCGCUCAACUCGAAUAUAAACAGUGGCCGCAUAUUCAAAAUCUUCAGCUCGCGGAUCCAAACUUUGCCACGCCCGGAAAGAUUGACCUAGUACUCGGAUCAAUAGUUUAUGCUCAAGUCCUCAAACAAGGUCUUUGCCGCGGACCUAUCGGAGCACCCAUUGCUCAAAACACAGCUCUUGGGUGGAUUUUAUCAGGCCCGCUUUCAACUAGUGAAGCCUCCAUCGAAGACGACUACUCUCUCAAUGGAAUGCAAUGCUCGCUUGACUCCGAACUGCUCGAUCUCUUACAACGCUUCUGGUCUCAAGAAGAAAUAAUCCCUCGACCUCAAGUCCCGCUCACGCCAGAAGAAUCUCAAUGCGAAACUCAUUUCGAAUCGACUCACUCUCGCGACAUACAAGGACGAUUCGUGGUUCGGCUCCCUCUCAAAAGGAACAUAAGUGAUUUUGGUGACUCUCGCACGUUCGCUCAGAACGCUCUCCUCCGAAUGGAACGCCGGUUCAACUCGAAUCCGUCCCUCAAAUCAGCUUACAGCGACUUUUUACGCGAAUACCACGAUCUCGAUCACAUGCGGAUUCACAAUUCAUCCGAAAAGUGUCACCAACGCGAGUUCUUCCUGCCGCAUCGCGACGUUACUCGCGAAACUAGCGCGACAACGAAACUACGCGUAGUGUUCAACGGUUCGCAGAAAACGACUCUCGGUUUUUCACUAAAUGACGUGCUUCAUGUCGGCCCGAAACUGCAAACCGAUCUCUCAGACAUUCUCAUUCGAUGGCGCAGACAUCAAUACGUGUUCGCAGCUGACAUCGAAAAAAUGUAUCGUCAAAUUCGCGUUCACGAAGACGACUGGCCACUACAAAAAAUCCUUUGGCGAAACGACCCGAGUGAGACUCCGCAAGAAUAUCAUCUGUGCACAGUAACAUACGGUCUCGCGUGUGCUCCGUAUCUCGCUCUGCGUUGCCUGCAGCAACUCGCUUUCGAAUCAGAUUCUCCGCGGGCGCUUGCUGCCGAAAUCUUACGCCGCGAUACCUAUGUGGACGACGUUCUCUCCGGCGCAUCAAGUAUAUCUGAAGCUAAAACACAGAUCAACCAACUAAACGAAUCCCUCAUAGCUGGCGGGUUCCAUCUCAGAAAAUGGAUCUCCAACGACCCUGAAGUUCUAGCUGACAUUCCUCAUCAAGAUCAAGCGUCAUCUCCAAUCCUCUCAGUCGACGAUCGAACGAUACAUCAUACACUCGGUGUACAAUGGCAUCAACAAUCCGAUCGCUUCGUGUUCUCAGCACCAUCGCCACCACCAGCUGGAUCCCUGACGAAGCGGUCAGUGCUCUCCUUCACUGCGAGCAUGUUCGAUCCGCUCGGAUGGCUGGCGCCAAUCGUCAUUGUCGCUAAGAUGUUCAUGCAAGAGCUCUGGGCAAUUCGCCUUGAUUGGGAUGAAGAGCUUCCCGAAAACCUCAAAUCGCGCUGGAUCAAUUUCACUCAACAACUCGAAAACGUGACAACGAUCUCAAUCCCACGCUGGGUCGGCAUAACUACGUCAUCCCUCGCGAUCGAACUCCACGGAUUCUCAGAUGCAUCACAGAACGCCAUCGCUGCUGUGGUCUAUCUGCGCGUCAUAAACGAAUUCGACGACAUCUAUGUCACCCUUAUCAGCGCCAAAACCAAAGUAGCACCUCUGAAACGCAUGACGAUUCCGCGCCUCGAGCUCUCAGCUGCCGUAAUCCUCGUCCGACUAGUAUUCAAAAUUCGCAACGUGCUCCAAAUUCAUCACACGUCAACUCAUCUCUGGACCGACUCUACGGUCGCUCUAACAUGGAUCAAAGGUCACCCAUCACGUUGGAAAGAUUUCGUUCAGAAUCGAGUCUCUUUCAUUCAAGAGCUCUCGAAUUCUCGCUGGCAUCAUGUCUCCGGAACGGAAAACCCAGCGGACCUAGCAUCUCGAGGGAUACCUCCCCACUCGCUUCCGCAUGCUCAGCUCUGGUGGAAGGGACCCUCUUGGCUACAACAUCACUCUUCAUCUUGGCCAUCCCUGACUCCAAAGAUCGAAUCAACAAUAAAUCUAGAAGAGCGUCCUGUCUCUUGUACCCUCGCUAACGAAAAACCAGAAGUUGACCUCGGAGAUCUCAUCGAAAGAUACUCUUCGCUCACCUCGCUUCUACGCACCACAGCCUGGCUCCUACGGGCGUUUGAGCGCUUCCGAAAAUCCACAGCACAUAGACCACAUCAAGCGGUCCUGACGCCUUCCGAGUUAGAAUCCGCAUUACUACUGUGGGUAAAAUUAACUCAACAAGCCUACUUUUCGAAAGAAUUCCGAACAUUGAGAAACAACAAGCAACUCUCUCCCUCAAGUUCCCUACUGAAGCUCUCUCCUGUCCUAGACGAAACCGGACAUCUCAGGCUACGUGGAAGACUUCACUUCUCUCAACUGGAGCCAUCAGAAAAACAUCCGCUCAUCUUACCACGAGAUUCUCGACUAACAACGCUCAUAAUUGAUUACUAUCACAGGCGCUCAUUACACGGCGGACCGCAGCUGACGUUAUCGUUAAUACGGCAUAAGUUUUGGAUUAUCGGUGGACGAACUCCUAUUCGCUCAUUCAUCCAUAACUGUAUUACGUGUGCCCGUCAUCGCGCCGCCGCCAGUCAACAACUCAUCGGACAACUUCCAGCUUCUCGUGUCACUCCAUGUCGACCAUUCUUCAAUACCGGAGUCGAUUAUGCCGGUCCUUUGACUCUAAAGUCAUUCCGCGGACGCGGAGCGAAGACAGUCAAGGGAUACUUCAUAAUUUUUGUUUGUUUUAGUACCUCAGCUGUUCAUCUAGAAGUAGCUACCGACUACUCAACUGAUGGAUUUCUAGCUGCUUACAAACGAUUCACCGGACGAAGAGGCCUAUGCUCAACAAUCACGAGCGACUGUGGGACCAAUUUCGUCGGCGCAGCUUCCGAGUUGAAAAAAUUGUUCACCGCUUCCUCUAAGGAAUGGGCUCACAUUGCUAACAUUCUCGCCAACGAUGGAGUAAAGUGGAGCUUUAACCCUCCUUCGGCUCCACAUUUUGGCGGAAAAUGGGAGGCCGGAGUAAAAUCCGUCAAACAUCACCUCCGUCGAAUGAUCGGCGAGACCCUGCUCACCUAUGAAGAAUUGUCAACACUAUUGAUUCAAAUCGAAGCAAUCUUGAAUUCGCGCCCGCUCUCGGCCCUCUCAGACGAUCCUUCUGACUCCGUCGCCUUAACACCAGGACACUUCCUCGUCGGGAACUCUCUCACGGCCGUUCCAGAACCAUCCCUCAUCGAUCUACCUCAAAAUCGACUAUCACGAUUACAAAUGCUUCGUCAAAUGACAGAAUCAUUUUGGCGACGUUGGUCGUCGGAAUAUCUACACGAGCUCCAGACAUCAUCCAAGUGGCAUCGAAAACAAGAAAAGUUUCAAGAGGGCAGCCUAGUAAUAGUCAAGGACGAACGCUUCCCUCCGACCAAAUGGCCCCUCGCGCGGAUAAUCGAAACGCAUCCCGGCUCAGACGGACUAGUCAGAGUAGCUACAGUAAAAACAGCUACCACUACUCUAAAGCGACCGAUCGUAAAAUUGUGCCUUUUACCGAACGUUACAAAACAGUGA